CAGGACUGAGCGGCGGCUUGACUCCUCGCCUCUGCCCGCUGUUUCGCGAUGGGUCUGGAGAAGGAGAAGCUGGAUUCUAGCAUCAUUAUGGACGAAGAUGAGUUUAACAGAUCCAUCGAGCCCAUCCUAUCCGGAAAACAAGCGCUGUACGCGGAUACGCCGGGCACACGCGACCCGCAGGACAUCAACGCGCACCUCAAGGUGGUGUUUGAGGACGUGAUCGCGGAGCCUUCGUCGACCCACAGCUUCGACCGCGUUUGGAUUUGGAGUCACGCCGGAUUCGAACUCGUGAAGUUCGUGUUCUACCGCCUCCUGACCACUCUGCUCGCCGUGCCCCUGGCCUUCGUCCUGGGACUGCUCUUCGCCAUCCUCAGCCUCAUCCACAUAUGGCUGGUGAUGCCGUGCAUACACAGUGUCCUGAUGAUCCUGCCCUCACUGAAAAUCAUCUGGAGAAGUUUGAUGGACAUGUUCGUGUCUCCUCUUUUCACCAGCGCUGGAAAAAUCUUCUCUUCUGUCAAAGUCACAGCUCUGGAAUACUGAGCCCAGAUCAGGUUCAACUCAACAGGACUGGAGCUAACCUAACCUGGAGUUUACUGACCUGAUCCAGCUCACUGCUUCCACCAUCAGGGACUAACCAGGAUCAAGCUCAGACCAGAACUCAAGAACCGAACUCGGACCAGAUCUGGACCACCACAUGUAUUGUACAUUGAAAUGUCUUAAGUAAGUUAAGGUCCCUUGAAUAAGUUCUAUUUAUCUUGAUUAAGUACAUUCUGAUUGGUUAAGAGAAAGAAUAUCUAUGGUACAAAAGUAACAUUCCACUAAAAUAUCCUAUAGUGUUUAAGAGGGAGGUAACAAUAACUGAAAUAUUGUGAUAUCGUAUCAUCAGUUCUUACAAUAAUACCCUGGACCGUCACAAUAUAUCGAAUCAAGUCUCUUUGCUUAAAUUAAGACCAUUAAGAUCAUAGACCAUGAUCCUUUGCUCCAUUUCAGUCUAGAGUACAUGGAGAAAUAAUUGUUCUAAGCAAUUUUAAGUCUUAGUUCUUUGAAUUAAGUCUUGUCAAGGCAUUUUAAGAGGAAAAAGUAGCAUAUUAACAGUUUUGUUAGCCUCCACAAAAUAUCACAAUAAAUAUCGUACCGUGAGGUUCAUACCAUGACAAUAUCGAGACGAGACUUGGAUAUCGUUACAGCCCUAGUACUUAAAGGUACACUGUGUAACUUUUCUGGAGAGGGGUCUAUUUCCUGCUUGUCUCUAUGGAGGUUAAUGCUGGAAUCUUCCACAACAUGGCAUUAAAUGUAGCAUUCACUCAGUUACAGGUGUUUAUAUUGCUCAAAAACACCUUGAAAUCCAUGGAAACAUACAAAUGUGGGUGAACGUGCACCUCCACAGAUCUGACUUGUAAUUUAUACUUAUAAUACUGCUUUACGUUUACACAGUGUGCUUUAGAGGUUUGUCAAAGCCUUUAAAGUACUACACUGCAGUCAUUAUUGUAUCAUUCCAUACUUAGCGGUGGAGAGCUUUUAAAGCCACAGAUGCCCUGGGACAGACUGACAGAAGUGCAGCUCCUAAUCUGUUCCCCUCUGACCACCACCAGCUCUCACCACUUUCAUACGUGGGAAAGCAGGUGAAGUCUAAAGACACUUGCCUAAGAGCACAAUGUCAGAACUUGAUCUGAGGGGGAAUUGAUCUUCCAACCUUCGGGUUGGGGGCCACUGCCACUGUCGCCCCAAAUUUAUCUUCAUUGUUCCAUGGAGAUACAUUAAGGUUAAUGCCAUUGAGCAAAAGUUACUUAGUGACCCUUUAAAAUAGUACUAAUAAGUAUAUAUAGUUCAACUUAAAAUCGGUUCAAAAGAAAAAAAUACAUAAUUUUAUUGCCAACUCUAAAAUCUACAAAUGAAAAUAAAAAUGUUAUUCGAGCCAUUUUAACUUAUUUAAGAUUGUAUUUUUCCGGUUUUUGUAGUAACUUUUAAACAUGACUAACUCAGAUACAUGUUCUGGACCUGCUUACACAAGUAUGAGAUUAUAAAAUGAUGGAUCACUGAAGUUUUGCGGAAAUGAUUUGCAUUUUAGUCAAAUGACCAGGGUAACAUAAUGUUCUUACUGACACUGCUGAACUCACCUUUUUAUAACGAGAAACGCCAAGAUUAUUGGUUUAUCGAUAAUUAUUUUUGAUAUAUAUUCCAAAAUUUUUACCCAAAUGUAAACUGUUUUUUAUGAGUCUGUUUAUUUUACAAUACUUCAUAGUCACAAUCUAGACUUGAGGAUUUGGGGCAAUGAAAGUGAAUUAAAGCUGCACUAUGUAACUUUUACAGUGGAGGAAUUGCCAUUUGCUUGUCUCCAUGGAGAUGUUAGUGUUGAAUUGCAAACAGUCUACAUGUUUUUACAGGCAAUUCAUUAAUGCAUCCUAGUCAGAAAUGUGUAAUACCAUACUGUGGAAUAUUGGGCAGUAAAAUACAAGAAUAAUAGAACUCAAAGAGAAGUUUCAGUGUAGCUCAACAGGAAGAGACAUCAGGUCCAGUGUCAGGGCAGUGUGAGGAGAGGAACAGCCCUCAGGACAAAAGUGUCCUGCAGAGCCAGGUAAAAUCUGGACCCACAACAGGAAAGCCUCUUCUAAACCUAACUCUUUCUCCACUCUGUUGAUUCGAAGUGUUUCCUCUGGAUCAUCUUCAGCCAUAUUUGGUGUAAAAAGUCUAAUAUUUCAGAGCUAGCUGGCAAGCGUAGCUAUCUCCAAACAGGGUCGCCACAAUCCAAUACUCCCACAAUCCCAAAAUAUUAAGUAAAAAAAUUUAAGACCAAAAUUUUUGUUUAAAAAGUCAGCCACAAGAGCAGCCAACCACGAUCAUGGCAACCACAAAAAAAGUUAUGCAGUGCACCUUUAAACUCACAAUUUAUUUUUAUUUUUUCUACAUAAAAAUAAAUUGUGAUAUUUUGUGAUAAUAUUAAUACUUGUACACACUAAAACUUGACAUUUUGACUUGCUGAUUCCUCACUAGGACGCAGUUUGUUGUCCUCUCAUAUUUGCUUGAAUCUAAUGAAAAUAUGUGUUCCAGCAAGAUUCUAAUGUGUAUAUAAUGGCUUUGCUUUGAAUAGUCUGGAGUAAAAAUGUCUUAAAAACAGAGAUUUAUAAUGCUAAAAAACUGAAAUGGUGUCUUAUAUUUUUAAAAGAGCUAAAAUGUAAAAUAAAAACAUUUGCAACUAAAAGAGAAAAAAAUGACAUUCCGGAUACUGAAUGUUUUCUAUGUGAUAAUUCAAAUAAAAAAACAAUAAAACUAAA